UAAGUGAUUUAGUUUACCAAUGUUGUUAUCAUUUGUACAUAAAUCAGUGUUUGUCAACAAUAACAGUAUUAUUAUAAUGGCGUUCGGUGGUUUGUAGUCUGUUUGAAUAUGAUGUUUAUGUAAGUAAUUUUCAAUUUAGUAUAAAUAUAAACGAAUGAAAUAAAAUACGUGACCUUUAACGCUUGGCUUGUCCUAUUUUUUUUUUCAUCCGAUCUGCGCCUUUUUUGGCAUUAAACUCGUCGUUCUCGUUAUCCAUUAUUCUCUAAGACAAAACACUCGAAUCGCCGUCUUCGCUAACAAUAAUAUUAUUGCGAAACAGAAAUAACGAUAAUAAAGUUUAUGCGCGUUGUCAUACGGUACUUAUCUAAUAUAAUGUGUACCUAACGCAUUAUGCUGUGUGAAUAAUGUAUACAAAAUAAAAUUUAAAAAAAAAACUUUCACUUGUUAAGACCGCGUUUAAUGAAAACAUGUUCGAAUCGAAUAAUUCGCUAUAAAUUCUAUAGGUAUAGGUAACGUUUAAAUACUCGCGUACGAUUUUAAAAUGGUUGGCUACACAUAUAAACACUGCGGUGUUGAGUGAAAGUUUAAUACUGCAGUAGGUUAUAGGUGCCCAACACCAAAAUUACGCCCAACGAUAUAAUUUCCCUUUUAAAAGUCGGAUCGGCCUACCGGAAUAUCGGGGACCGAUCUCCCAAACGAAUAUUAACCAUUUUUGUAUUGUAUUAGUACUAAACAAUUACAACUACACAGAGUUCAAGUAUAACAUAUUUUAUUUUUACGUUUCGAAACGCAGUAGGCAAAUGCCAGUGCUGGGCAUUAACGAGUUAAUAAUUGAACGUUAAGUUAAUCUAACUUUUUAACUUAAUAAAUUGCUUUUUUUCUUUUUGAACUAUUAAUUAUAUUGUUAAUUCGAGUUAUACAAACGAAUUAACUUUUAAUCGACUAGAGUUAAUUUUUUAUUUAAACAAUUUAAGUUGAUUUCGAUUUUUAUUUUUAUGCUCAUAUUAAUCAUUAUAUUAUUAUGAGUAUUAUGAAAUACAAAUCGUUACGAAUGCCUGUUAUUUUUUACUGUUGUCGCCAGUUAUAUAGGUAGAUUAUUAGGCCAUUAUAAUAAUAGACAAUAUGUACAUUUUUUUUUUUUUUAAUAACUAAACUUGAGUUAAAAAGUUAAUUUUAACUAAUACCUUAGUUGAAUUAAUAGAUUAUUUUGAAUUAACUUUAUUUAAAUUUAAAUUUAACUUAAUUCAUUAACUUGUCUAGCCUUGGCAAAUACCAAUUUUAAUUUUGUAAUAUUCUUGUAGAUAUAAUCUCGGUACUAUAUUCUAUAUUUAUUUUGGCCUUAUCGCAAAAUAAAUAAACUCGCACGCAUUUCAUCAUGCUCAGCUAUAUGGCGAUACAUUGAAGUAUAAGUACCCGGUAUAAUAGUAAAAAUACCGAGAAUUAUCAAGGUUGUUAAUCAAAAGACGCGAUAAUGUAUUAAAAAAGUAAUUAAUAUAUGCUUAAAAUUUUAAAAAAAAAUUCGAAUACAUAUCUGUCACGUUAAUUUAGACUAAAAAUUAUUUAUUUCUAAUAACUGCUAUUAGCGUCAAUAUUAUGAAAAACUGCAAGUUAAAAGUCAACCGAGUAACUCAAUAUAUUCAAUAUAUUCAAUGUAUUCAAUAUAUAUAUAUAUAUAUAUAUAUACAUGGCGAUUAUUGUAUCAUAAUAAACCAGCAAUUUUUUCCGAGAAUUUUUGGUAAUAUGAAUUUGAUUUUUGUUUUUUUUUUAUUAUCAUUACGAAAUCGGUUAAGCUUUAUUUUAGCACUAUUUUCAAUUUUGUCUUCCCACUCCGUAUACGUUUGUAAUUAGUAUCUAUUUUUGGUUUUUCAAUCACAGAUUCAAUCAGAGAAUAUUUUUCUUGACAUUUUGAUAUGCGUAACACUAAUAUGAGAUUAUGAUAAAUCUCAUAUUAGCAUUUUAUGAUGGUAUACGGAGUAGGGCUAAACAAUUAAAAACGGUUUUAAAAUAAAGAUUAAACGAUUGAUCAAAUUCGUUCGAGAAAAUUGCCGAUUCAUGAUAAAAAAAUCAUUACUUUGUAGUACACUAUGAUAUGUACAAUUUUCUUUUUAUUGUCAAAAUCGAUUAAAUGUAGUCUUAUGCAUCGAAAUCUUCGAUAAAAAUAUGAAAAAUUGUAAUUCUCGACCAAAAGCAAUUCCUUGGCUGAACAUAAUUCGAUUUAAAUAAUCAAGUUACCCGUUAAAAAUAAUAGUUGGCGAUCACGACACACUCUACCGUUACGAUACCGUGAAUUUUAGAGAAAUACCGUGGUUCCGAUUUUGGGAUCGAAACAAUCUGGCAAGUUAUUAUAUAGGAGAGGUUAGGUUACCCUUACCGGGCAAGGUAAGUUCAUAUGUGAUGAGAUUCAACUGUAAACAAUAUUUACAGGUAGGUCCUUUGGAAUAGAAUAUAGAUUGUAUGUAUAUAUAUAUAUUUUUCUGGUUGGAUUAUAUCUCGAAAUAUUUGCGUAUUUACGGGGGGAGAUUAGGGAGAUUUAUCUCUCUCCUUGAAUCUAUUAUCUACACGACAUUUAAAUUAGAAUUUCUUUACUAUCUAGUCGGAAAAAUCAAAACUUUGAUGUGUCUAUAUACUUACCUACCUAUUGGCUGUUAUGCAGUUGACAGUGUUAAUUUAUCGAAAAACCUGAACGUAUACGUUUUAUUGUUAACCUAUUAUAUUCAAACCGCUAAAAUAUGAAGGAGAUUAGAUAAGCACAUAUAUAAAUCGUAAACCGAUGAAUCACUGAUCGACGAGGUACACGUAGAAUAAUUGUGCGUUACUUGAAAUGAAUUACAAAUUAAAAAUUGAUCUUUUUUUUUUUUUACCCUUGGUGCACGUUACACAAUAUAUGACAUAAUUUUCAAAUUCAAUAUCUCCCUCCUUGCCAAAAUCCUAAAUACGUCUCGUAGGGAGUUUGACUUUUCAGUAAAUCCCUGUGUCGACGCGUACGUACUGCAUUUGUAUGUUUUCUACGGGCUUGUAAAGCAAUUGGUUUGCUUUCAAGUCCUGUGAUUCCGCCGUGUAUACAUAGAAACGAAAUCGAUAUUUAAAUCCAAGAACCGCGGCCAUAAUAAUGGGUUAUGCAAUUUGAUACAAUUGUUAUAUGCAUUAUUUUAUGGCUUUUAUUUUCCUUUGUGUUUAUCCCGUGGGCGUGGACGCACCUGUUCAAUCGCACUUAAUGAAAAUGUAUACUUUUUGACAUGUUGUAUUGACGAACACACGCUGUACAUUUUGUUAAAAUAACUUCGUAUCCACGUUUGUGUGAACAGUGACGUACGCAGGAUUCAUCUAUCGGCUUUAUUAAUAUAACUCGGGUAACAAAACAUAUUUUGCAAAAUACAUACAACGUAUUAUACACGGUAGUAGAACAAUAUUCGUAUUUUAUUUCCCCCCCCCCUCCACUUUAACCGUUAUACCAGAGAGAAUCUGUUUUCACAACACUUCCCCACUGUCGCCAAAUUGCAAUUAAUGUAUACUCGAUUGUAUAAGUAGUGCAAAUGUGCGACGAUUACAAUUUUAUUAGUAACGUGUGUUUUCAACGUAGAAUAUUUUAUAUUUUCGUUUGUUUUAAAUACGGCCCCUCGGGUACGCCGCUGCGUCUGAGCGUAUUUAGGAUAUUUUAUUUUGGUUUUGUGCCCAUCACGUCCAUUUAAAUCCGUCUCCCACAGUUUUCAAUCGCGUGACGAAUGAUUCGAGGUUUCCUCUCCGUUUCUCGGUGUAUAUUAUGAAAAAUGUCACGAAAACAUAAUCAUCUCGUAAACGAAAAACAAUCAUUUUAUAGACUAUUAAAAGCCUGACGUCUCUUAAAAUCCUGACGUCCCGACCCGAUAUACGACCGUCCGUGUGGAACGUCUCUCGCGUCUAAACGACAGCCGGCGCGCUGUUGUGCGCACAACAAUACGCGUAAAUAACGGGGUGUGUGCGCGUACCGUUACCACCGGCGUGAUGACAUUCCGGCGAGAUGAUACAAUAAUAGUAAUAACAAUAACAAUAACAAUAAUAACAAUAUUAUCAUUAUAGCGACCCACUUGUGCCGAUUGUCGCGAACCCGGAUUGAUCGCGGCCUGUCCGUCUCUCGGCCGUACCGAUUUCCACGGGUCGUUUUAUCGCGGACGGUCGCGGUGACGGGCCAACGGGAAAUUCCCGUCUCGGAAUAAUUGCACGAGAUAAAAAAAAAAAUUAACCCGUACGUCCGCGGUAUUAUUUCGGGGCGGCAGUCACGUCCGACGUCAAAACAUCAUUGUGCCGCCGCCGUUAUCUUUGUCACGGCCCCCGUUAUCGUACCGCGGGCCCGGUACGUCGCGAUCCGUGGGCGGACGUACGUCCCGCGGCGGUGGUGAGAGGCGCGAACACCGCGCCAGCGCACGUUGGCGGCGAGCCCGCGCUGUUGCACAUGUCCCGACGACGCGCGUUCCUCAGUCCGCCGCACAUUGUCGAUAAUCGCGCUGGUACCUUAAAUGCAAGCGCUCCGGUCUGCCCGCCGUCCGUCGUUACUGCCGCCGCCGCCGCCGCCGCCGCCCGUAUCACCGUUUUGCGCAGCCUUUUUCGGGAUAAUAUAAUAAUAAAUUAACUAUCAGUCGUCGGCACAGAUACCCUGUAAUAUUAUCCGCAUCGUUUCCCGCGCGCCGUCCAAUAUCGUCGGCCGUCGUCAACGCGCUCACGCAAACACACACGCGCGGGGCAUAAUCGGAAAACGAACACAAGCAUUAGGUACGUACAUUGAAAAAUGCGCGUUUCCCCGCUGAAAGACUGUUUUUUUUUUUUUUUUUAAAUUUUCGCGUCCGUCCGGCAGCCGGCGGUGAGUUGCAGUGGGAGCAGGACGAGCCGGAGAAUAGCCGUCCGUCGCCCGUAAUCCGCCGGCGCAGCGGGGUGCCGCGGCCGCCGAGGAAGCACAGACGGCGAUGCCAGCGAUGAGCGAAACCAAACUGUUGAUCGGCAGCGAUAUGAUAGCGUCCAAAGACAUGCUCAAUCCGUUCGUGCACCAUCUGGAGCUGACGUCCACCUACGACAAGUUCAAGGUAAUGCCCCCCGACACUGAUUUUCGGAUUAUAAAAACUCGUAAUAAUCACCGAGGGUAAAUCACCGAUAGAUAUUUGGUACACCGGAUUCCGGUAUUACUACAUAGCUUUCCCGACGAUUACCGAACGUUAUCAUACGCCGAUUUCCGUUGGCGGUGAUUUACCCUCCGAUAAUAUUAUUUGCGAUUUGCUGCGCAUACGUUGUAUACUAUUAUAUACGUACCAAAACGUAACCCGAUACGUAUCGCGAUGCACAGCGCGAUCGCGGACCGACGAAUUUUUAGAAUUAUUUCGACCAUAUUUUCGAUUUUUCGUCCCUAAUCUUUGUACCCGAGAGACGAUCACACGACCCUUCCCUACUCGCCUACAAAAACUACAAACUGUUGUUGUAACUGAUAAAUAUACUCGAUUUCGUGUUAUAUGCCAAUCGAAAUCUGUCGAAAAAUAUCUUCUAGUUCGACCGUAGUCGGAUAGGGAAAAAAAAAAAAACGGAGAUCGAAUUCGUUUAAAAUCCUCCGAGAAAAUCGCCGGUUGGUGAAAAUAUUAUGUCUAUCGCGGUUUACGUAUUAUUAUAAUAUUUUUCGUACGCGUACAUCGUAAUCGGUUUAAAGUCACGCGGAUCGUAAGUGCAUUUCCCGGUAUACGCUAACGAUAUUAUUGACGUAAUAAUAAUAAUAAUAAUAAAAUAGUGAUCGUACGCUUACGAAUAUUGCUGUGAAAUUCCCGAGGGGAUCGGUGGCGACGAUUUUCCGUCUUACGCGCGCAUUGGCGUACCCGGCCCGGGCCUUACGGGGAGGACGAAACAUAUUUUCACCGGCUUUCGAAAUAGAAAACGCCUUAAAAAAGUAACGGUCACGGUUACAGCGGUUUUAUAUCGAUACACUUGGGCUUUUUUAUGUUUGUAAAACAUAACGUUUAUAAUAUGUACGGGUAUAAGAAAUUUGUAUUCAAUUAAAUAAAUACUAUUAUUAGAACGUGUGUUAUGCAUUUUAUAAUGCAAAGUCUAACCUCUGGUUAUUCAUAGACGAUAAUUCUUCAUUGAUAUCGUCCACUGGCUUAUUACUUAUUUCCCGGUAAAUACGCAACAAUAGUGCGAGCCCGCGUACUAUACAUGCGAUCCAGGCAUAUUUAUUUUGAAACCAGAAAUCAAUGUCAAGGGACGACGGUCAAACCGCCAAAACGAAAUGAUAACAUCAGAAACCUUGAUUCGGUUCGACCAUAUAGUUUACCAAAAAUAUUAACAUUAAUACUUUCGGAUGGUAUUUUCGUCAAAAUUCGAUAUUAAAAUGUUUAUAAAAAAAUUCUAUAUUACACUCAUUUCUAUUUUGGUCUUACAAUUUUGUCUCCCUACCGAAUAAAAAUUACGUAAAAACUCGCAAAAUUAAAAUGUCUAUAAACGACUAAAAAAUGGCACAAAUGCUUUGAACAUUUUACUACGCCUAAGAAAGGUAAAUAUAAGUUUUAUUUCUAAAUUUCAAGUCUCUAUGAAUAUUUUCAACUGAACCGCAACAAAAACCAAAAUUUAAAAUAAUAGAUACAUUUUGGAAAUUUUCUCGUUUUCCUGCGUUUUUCCCCGAGUUUUCCCGAUUAUUAUGAAAACCGUUUGGACAAUUUAAAAGUUACCGGUCUUAAAGUACCGCCUAAAUAAAAUUUUCUUUCAAAAAAAAAAAAACACUACACUUGAAAAUCGGAGCAAGAUUUCUGGUAUGUUGUUUACAGAUAAAAAAAAAUAUAAAUCAAAAAUAAGGUCACAUUUAUAAGCGUAAGGGGAAACUUUAGUUUCUUGAAACCAUUCAACUAAAAAACAAAUAGGUACGCUCACUGAGUUUCACAUAUAUUUUAUUUAACCUUCAAAAUAAAAGUAUAUGAGUAAUAUUUAUUAUUUAAAAUUUUCACAUAAUAUAAUAAUUACAUAUAUAUAGAAACGUAAGUAAUGAUUAACAUAAAAAUAACACUCAUAAUAUGUUUCUUUUAUUUUACGAAAUAUCGUUUCCGGACAGUGUAUUAAAUUAUUUUGUCAAAUUAAUUGCACUAAACUGCGACUUGAGCAACUCGAGCAACUUGAGACAUUUUAUAGAGAAACUUCGGAAUUUAUCCUCAUCGGCGGUUAAUAUGUCUUUGCUACUACACAGCCUGCUUUCCUACGUUGUUUAUCAUUUAAAAACGGAUGAAUACCUAUGUGUUUUUUUUUUUUGCAUUUAUGAAGCCACCAAUAUAACACACGAGCACAUCCUCGUCCUCGGACAACAUUGUUGAAGUUAUACAUUUUUAGUUUCACAGGCGUGUGUACGAAUAGGAAAUAUGUUUCAUGAAAUUGCAGGUUUCUUAAAAUUAUAGUUUCUCUAUAGUGUGCGGCCCGCCUAAACGAUCGCAAUAUCAUUAUUAUUGUUGUCGCAUAUCGCGUGUAUAAUUUUUUUUUUUGUUUAUUACUGUACAAGAAAAUACGAAAGUACGAGAUAUUACGAAAUAUCCGCGUACGAAAAACGUCAACAUGUUAUCACGAACCCGCGAUAGUUUCCAAGCGAAUUCGAUUUCCGUUUGUUUGUUUUUUUUAAAAAUAUAGUUAUAACGGAAUCGUAAAUAUGUUAUUUUGACGAUACAUUCGUAUUUUUCACUACUCUACCACUCGUUUAGAGGAUAUUUUUCGACAAAUUACGAUAGGCGUAUAUUAUUGCGUUACAAUGUCGGAUUUACAACGCAGCCGGGUUUUCUGUACGUAUAUAUUAUAAUAAUAAUAAUAUCGAUUAUUAUAAAAUUAUUAUUAAAUCGAUUGUUGCGUAAGCACUGCCGAGCACUUGUGUCGUUUCGAAACAGUGCAAUAUUACCGUGUGUACGUGGUUUUUUUUUUUUGUUUUCAUAUAAAAACGCAACCGAGAAUACUCGGUAACGUACACUAUGUACAAUAGUAAAAAGAGCGGUCGCCCAUUAUAAAAUAACGCGAGCAAACAUAUUAUACUCGAGCAUGCGUAUAUACAGAGCGUUCGCCCGUUGUAAUAAUACGAGCAAACACUCGCGUGUCUGGGUGUGUGUGUGUGUGUGUGUGUGUGUAUAUAAAUUAAUAUUUUAGCCGGACCUACUCGAGAUAUCGAAACUGGGGAUUUAUUAUUUUUUUUUUCACCAAAUCCGAAGUCGGUGACGUACCUCCUAUGGGUUUCGACCGCGACGGUUUUCGAUUUUUUUUCUCACCUCUACGAUACGCGCGCGCUCGCGCCAUAAAACGUACGCAUUUCGCAAACGCGGAAACACUUAAUACUCGUGUUUUGAACGCCGCUGCAGAUUCGCGACCAGUUUUUCAACCGAUUUGGGCAAAAAAAUAUAAUAUAUUAUAAUACAUAGGCGUCUACAGUUUUUGUCCAUCUAGAGUGGAUUAGAAAAAAAAAAAAAAAUCAAAACAUACAUGCUUAUAAAUAUUUUUUUUCUCCGAUUUAUCGUGUUUUUUUUUUCAACGGUCCGAACAGUAAAUCAAUAAUGUCUAAAUUACGGUCGAUUUGAAUUCUAAAACAUUUUCGAACAUUUUCGACGGAGUUCCGUCCCAAAUGUGAAAUUUGAAUUUAGAGGUGUACUAGUUCGGUUCCGGGUUUUUAAAAUGGAUAUUAUACUAAUUCCGUCCCGUGUAAUUUAUUAAGUCACACGAGUUCCGUCCCGUUUUGCAUUUUCUACACUAUACUAAUGUAGUAUACAAUUUACGACUACGGUAACAAUUUUAUACUAUUUAGAAAUAAAGAUAAUAUUGCUUUUAGUUAUCGCACUAAAUAAUCGAGUUUGUAUACACUAAUACUUUAAUAUUAUUUGCAUUUUUUUCUGUAUUUUAACACUGAUAAGAACAUUUUUAAUCGGGAAGGAAUUGAUAUAUACAUUUAUUUUAAUCGGGACGGAAUUUUGUAUGUACUUUUUUUCACUCCGGAUGGAAUUGGUAUGUACUUUUUAUUCGCCCGGGACGGAAUUGGUAUAAAAAAAAGGUUAUUGAGACGGAACUCUGAUGCUGCUGGCCGCUCUCUGUUGUGGCUCGAUUGAAACAAAAAAAAAAAACCGUAUUUGUUUCCGCAUUGUUCGCAUUGUGCGCGAACCAGUUCUGCUAGAGUAAUGAAACAGCAACCACGAAAAAUAUGUACAUAUUUUAUGCGUUGUUUAUUUAAACUAUCUGUACAGGUAUCCCAUUGUAUUUGUAUUUCUGACAAAAUAUGCAUUAACUAUUGUUCUGUUCGACGCUUUUAAGUUUUUUUUUUAAUUUUGUAAAAAUUAUAGAGCCUCGCGCUAUGAUUCGUCUGUUUUUUAUGCAUUUUUUCAAAAUUUAAAAUAAUGUUUGUAAAAAAUCCAAGAUUAUCAUUUUACAACAAGUAUACUUUUAAGCAAAACUUCGGCGUUAUAAGUGUAACAAAUAUCGUUAACAAUAUCAUGUUUCUUGGAAAAAUCGGCUCUUCGAAUGAUAUUAUUAUACAGUGGCAAUGAAAACGAUUCAGACUAUCGUUAAGUUCGACAAAUUGUAGAAACUAAAUGAAAAAUGUAUGUAUAAAAAUAAAAUAAAUAAAUGAAUGCACAGUGUAUUAUGAUAAUACUUGGAACAUAUAAUACUCCAGGCGACGCAUUCGUUACAUUUUCAUUAAUUUUUCAAAUACAUUUUUUAUUUAUGUAUUUAUUUACGAGUAUUAUCCAUUUUUAAAAUUUUGUUUUUACUUUAGUUUUUUUAUUACAUAAAAACUAUUGAACACAACCAAAUUUAUUGCGUUUGUCUGAUCUCCGUGGGACCAGUAUUUAUAUAUGUAUACAAUAAAGCGCAUACAAUCGGGUUUUUUUUCCGGAAAACGAAAUACGCUCGAGUUUACCCGUAUAUUAUUAUAAUUUAUAACUAUCGGUUGGACAAUUUCAGAGUCGUUGCAAAAAUCCUAAUUUAUCGAACAUUUUCUAUGUACAUUCACAAAAAUCAUUAAGAAUUUAUUCAAUAUUGAUACGUUUUAUUCCUGCAGUAUUAGAAUUAUAAUUUUUUUAUUAACGAAUUUUCGUGUCCAAUAAAAAAAAUUGUAAACAAAAUAUUUAUAACGCUACACAUUGCAUUGUUUGUCUAGUUGCUAGUCGUUUGAUUUUGAAACAACAUAUUAUUAUACCUAUUCGCGAGACAGUAAUAUUGCGGCGACGGCGGGAUCAAAACAAAAGCACGACCUUAAAACAAUAAAACGUAUUUCGAUUGAGUCGCAGGUCAGAGAUCGACGACUAAAAUGACAAUUUUAUUACACAGGGGUUAUCGAUAUCUGAGAACAGCUUUAAGUGUGUUCACCCGUUGACAGGACGCUAUACCCGCAUAUGUUGUCUCAGUCUAACUAACGGAAAAUAUAGGAAAAUCUACCGUGUGCAGACUGCGUGGAACUCGCUAAUAAUUUGGCUUUUUAAUUAAAAUCACCUAUUACGUAGAAUCUAAAGAGGAAAUGUCAACACGUCGUUUAGAAAUAAAAACUAAUUCGUCGUUUUUAAACGAUUGUAACAUUUCAAAAAAUAAACGCGUCGUCUCGCCCUCCGGUAUACCGUCCGUUUAAAAUUUUAUAAUAUAGGUGCUUUUAUUCGGAAAUACCGAAAUUAAGCGUGUUCUAGUUAGAUGGAUCUCGCUACGCAUAUAGGGAACGUAAGUCGGACUGAGACAGCACGUCAUGCGGGUAUAACGUUCUCUUAAAACGAAACGUUAAACGACCUUUGGACUGUUUAUGGAGUAAUGAAAUGUAAAGCAUCAUAAUUGAACAUUGUUUUAAAGCGAUUAGUUUUUUGUUUUUUUUUUUUUUCGUUAAUAUUUCAGAGACGUUUUGGACGGGCGUGAAACAACGCGAAUGUUUUUAACGAACGACAGGAAUAGCCGAAACCUAUCGAUUCGGCUGGCUUUAAGAGUAUACAAUCGCGCGCAGGUCUUAAUAUUGUUUCGUAGGCGGGUCGGUAUACGAAUAUUCGCCGCGGAAACACUUUCUUCGUGAGCGUCCGUAAUAACGUUCGUUUUUUUUUUUUUUUUUUUUAGUAAAAAAUAAUACGCGAUAUUGUUGUGCCAUGCCACUACUAUAUCCGUAUAUGUAGGUACGUACUGUACACGUUUUAACAUCGCCCGCGAAAACGAUACGAAAAAUACGAAAAAACACAAUUUAUCAAGCCGCGGUGCAGUAUAGCUGCUGAUACUCUUAUCCCGUCGUUGUUCUUAAUUGGUCGGUUUUUUUUUUCGCGUUGAAAGUCGUACACCUUAAGGGCCGCGGGCGUAUGACGGCGAGUCGGUUCGGUUACAUAGCUGCCGGUCACCCGAUAGUUUAUAACGCGCGGUCUGCAAUGACGUAACAGAUUUCUACGGAAGUGUAGCGCGUGCGUUACCUAUACGCAGCUGCAACAGUAUAUUAUAAUCAUAUUUGCAUAAACCGAAGACCGAUUUGCUCAACCUGUUAUUAUAUAUAUUAUACAUUAAUAUACGAGACUGUAAGAUUGUUUUUUUUUUUUUUGCAUUUCGUACACAAAUUUUACCACGUCUAGGUAAGUCCGAUAUAAGUAUUAUUACCAAGUUUCAAAUCUGCGUGUAUUUAUAACCAAAUUACAGCAAAAAAACUUCAAAAAUUAAAAUUCCUUGAUGGUUCAAAAAUGUUUCAUAAGUUUUGUCGAUGAUACCCUAUGAAAGUAAAUCAAAAAGGCAAAAAAAAAAAGGUGUCUUGUAAUUUUUCGAUUAAAUCAUUUUUCCUGGUGAAAAAUGUCGUCCGUGUUUUUAUAAAAUAAUAAAAUCGUGAAAUUGUACAUUUCCCCACGUUUUUUUCCACUGAAGUGCUUUUAUUUAAAAAUGGCGUCGAAAAUCAAAAAAUGACCAUCUAGACAACUUGAGCUUUCAGAAAAGUUGCUACAUGUAAAAAUCGGAGCAAGUUUAUUAAAAAAAAACGUGUCCACAGACUAGAAGAAGAAGAAAAAAGAAACAAACAAACAUCUUAGUAAAACCAAUAGCUAAAACAAAAUCACGAUCAAUACUACUAAUACUACUCCGCUCAGAAUCAUUUUUUUUUUUUUGUUCGAUUAUUUAUUGUUGCAUAUAUAAUAAUAAACUAAAUUACCUUGCAUAAUAUCGUACGUCACCGAUUAGCCACCUACAACAGUGUGGACUGUACCAGCGAGCAGUAUCGUAAUUUUUAUUUUCGUUUUGCGCGAAUACGACUACGCGUGGGUUUACUGACGAAAUAAAAGUAAAAAAAUAAAAAAAAUCGAACGUUCGACGCGUACGCACACAUAAUAAUUAUUAGAAAAUACAAGAGAGAGUACGCGUGUACGACGACGCGACGUUUACAAAAUUAAUUUUAUAAAAACCAUUAAUAAUAAUUCGCUGUAUUGAUGUUAUCAAUCCAUUAUAGAGUUAGACAGUACCGACUUCCGACCGACGUGCGAUGUUUAUACACGGCUAUUAUUAAAAAAUUAAUUACAUAAUAAUAUCGUACACCUAAUAUCUCUACUCUACCAUUUCAAUAUAAUAUUCAGUUAAAGCCUCGUUAAACUAAAGGUGUCCCCACCACGUUCGCUUAUAAAAAGUGAAAAACGCGAAAUUUAAUCGAAUCAUGUAUAUAUGUACUUCGUCUAGCGUAUUAUUUUGUUUGUAAAUACAUACUUCGUUAAUAUGCGAAUUAUUUAUGCACGCCUAUACUACUAUAAUAUAGUAGGUACUAUACAUAAUACUUGGUUUUUCGAAUAAAACUUUCAGAGAAAAAAAAAUAAUAUUGAAUAAUAUUGAAUCGCUAAACGGGGAAUCCGAUUGACUACUUGACUACUUCCUGUCCAGCGGAUUUGCUAUCUGCUGUUAUUAGGAACAUUCAAACCCAGCGGCUGACCAAUCUGAUUUUAGGAACAUAUGGACUAUUAUUGUUCAUCAGCGUACAUAUUAUUGUUUCCAUCGAAUCUAAAAUUGCAUUUUCGAUCGCAUUUUAAUAGUCGCACCUUCAAGACUGAAAACCGUGACCACCGACUGCUAUGAUACCAGCAAGCCAAGAGAGAAGCAUAUUAUUCAUUUCGAUUCGAUUUAUUUAGUUCACUUUUUAAGCGACAGGGGAGGCGAGUUAAUUUUAUUAAUUUUCGUACUUAAAAAUAGAAUGAAAUUUAGACUUUCGGAUCGACAAUCGGUAUAAUGAUGGUGCACGUUUUUUUUCGAACAAAUCCUUGUAAACGCACGGAAAUUACAAAGUUUUAUACAUUCGAAUACCUAAUAAUUCAAAAUGUACACGUUUCGAGCGUUAAAAUUAAUAUGACAUAUGAACGCGUCGCGCCACACGCGGGUUAACAAAAUCGAUUCCAUAAAAUAUGACCUAAGUAAUGUUAUAUUAAAUAAUUCGUGUAAUGGAAAUUUAAAGAUUUGGAUUACAGCGAAGAAUUGUGAAAUGUGAAUUACGCGUAGUGUUAAUUUUCUACGCAAUUUUUAUAUUGAAAGCUUUCGUCGCGUUUGGAAAACGAAAAUAACAACUCUGUGCGGAGAUAUUCAUUUCAGGUUUUUUGUCAAUAUAAGACGUAUAAAUGGAAUAUCAGUUUUUUUUUUCUAACGAAAAGCGUACAAACGGAUCGAUUCAAAGACGAUUACUUAUAGAAUAUUUUCAUCAUUGUUUCGUUCGAAAUAUAGAAUAGAUAAAAUACAAUCGUAUGACCUAACCUAUAUACACAUUUACCGGCAUUGUGUAUUUAGUGUGUAUUCUACAACGAAGAAUGAAGUAACGUUUUCGCCUAUACGCUUUAUUAUAAAGUAUUGAUAACUGGUGGUCUCGACUGUAUCGAUCUCGUCCACCGUAUACGACAACUGCAGUCAUUUCGACCGCGUUUACAAAUAUGUAAAUAAAUAAAUACUCGGUGAUGUGUGCACACAUACGCGGACCCUGACCAUAAUUAGGGCUAGGAUAUGCAAUAAAAAAUGAUUGAAUAUGUAUUUGGUUUAUUUAAAAUAUGCAAUUAAAAUACGUAAAAAUAUGCCAAUAAAAAUAUUAUUAAAUGAAAAAAGAAAGAUGUUUACAGGGUUCUAAAAUCUAAAAAAAAAUAUGCCUUUACAAUAUAAUUAACGUUAUUCAAAUCGAAAUGGCCAUAACCACGUCCUACGUAAAAUUAUCUUUGUGUUCCUCAUUCAAAAAUUGUAUUCACCUGAUGUUCAUCUGAUGGAACAUCGGAUUGAUAGUCGAGGAACACUGUUUUUGUUAAAACGCAAAAUGCUCUAUCCCGUUCUUUUAGAAUAUUAAAAUAAUUAAUUGAUAAUAGAUGUUAACAGUUAACCUGAUAAUAUAUUUUUUUAAAAAAACUUAACAAAUAAGCAACUAAUUAAAUUAACAAACAUGAAACGGAAUACACGGAUUGAUAACGCGAUUAAAAUGUAAUAAUAUUCAUUAUAUUUAAUAUAUGCAAAAAUACGUAUUUUAUUGAAAAUAGAGAUAAAAAACCACCACAACCUCAACAUGGGCUAAUUUAUGGACAUAAGUGAAAAAAAACAGCAAUUAAAAAUUGCGAAAAAAAAAUAUCAAUGUUUAUAAAUCCUGCUCUAAUUAUAAUAUUGUAAUAAUUGAGGCAUCUAACUUUUAACAACGGUCCAAUUAAAACUGCACGUUAGCCCGUUGUAAGACACACGAGUUGUUGAGUCCUAUUACAUAAACUUAAUAUUACUUACUUUUAUUAGAUUGCUGCUCUGGAUUGAAAUGAUCUGUUUCUCUUACUAUUUUCUGCGUAUAUAGAGGUAAAGAAUAUAUAAACAAUAUGUACGAGUACAUUUUUCUUAUUGCCAGUAAUCCUAAAAUUGGUUUAUUGCAAUUCUUCAUAUCUCACUGUUUUAGCUUAAUUCUUUUAGAUCCUUGUAUUUUUUUUCAUAUUCGUGUUCUUAUUAUUUUAGUCAUAUUAUACACUGCCCUUGGUUUUCAUUUUUCCACGUAUCUGUCAACGCAUAUCCUUAGAUUAUUGUUUAAGUAGACAUUUUUGUCUUAGCGCAUGCAGUUCUUUCACGUUAUCUUUUCUGGACUGGACUUAAAGUGGCACAAAAUGGCAAAGUUACUAUGAUUAUUGUUUUUUUUUUCAUUGUUCCAUACAUUUUUGUUCCGAAAAACACGUAAUUUUAAGGAAUAAGUUGUUCAUUAGUUUGUCAAACCGAAAAAAUAUGAUAAUGGAGGUUUAUAAAGGUAACGAAUUAAAAUACUAUCUUCAUUAAUGUUACGAUGGUAUAAGUAUGUACUUAAUGCAAUUAUCAUUAAUACAGUUUCAUAAGGAAUGGUAGAAAUAAGAUUCAUUAGAGUAUUCGUUUGUUUCAACUUAAAGGCUUCAGUGUACACGCGCGUAUGUUAAAGCGGACGCCUUUCAAGUGCAGUCCUAGGUAAGGGUAUCGCGUCUCCUCGCGUCCCUUUCGCUUUAAUCUCCGUUUCUGGAUUGAACAUAUUUCCAUCAUAGUUGCUGUUUUUCCCGUUUAAACCCUCUUCAUUUGUGACUCUGAAAGUCCAUGAUAUUUUCAGUAGUCGGAGCAUUUUGAAGAUAAAAUCCGAAAAAGACUUCGAGUUUUGGCAUUACACUGCACGGGCUUGCACAACUUAUCUAUAGUUACUGGCACUGGCCCGAACAAACAUUAUAAAUCGUGAAUAAUAAUGUAAUAAUAUUAUAUCGACGUUCCACACGUUGUUGAGCGUUUGCCCUACACACAUGGGGUAUAGAAAUAUAUAAAAAAAAAAAAAAAAAAACCCGACAAACAGAAUGUACGGCUGCAGUACUCUGCGGGCGUUAUCACAAUAAUAUAUUACUACUAUUAUUAUUAUUAUUAUUGUCGUGUUGUAGAGUUUAGACAAUCGCUCGUAAUGUUAUUAUUAUGUUUUACACAGGUGCGUACAAUAUUUCAUAGUAAUAAUAAUAUAUAGCUGGUAUUGUAGGCACCUUGUAAUGCUGUAGACUAUAGGCAAUUCUACACAGGACGCGCAUUAUACCGUUUUUGUCAUGUUAAAUUAUCUUGUUCGAAUUUCAAUGGGCUGCGCGCGAGGAGUGUACUAACUAUCAAGUGUGUAAAACAAUAUCAUUAAUAACAACAACAAUAAUAAUAAUAAUUAUUAUUAUUAUUAUUAUCGACUGUACAAUAUAAAUUAUUGCUACUAUUAUUACGGAUAACGCGGGCUUGCGAGUGUUUAUCUGUUAUAAUACGCCGUUGUUUGUAUAGACGCGAAAAGCAUCGUUUAUUUGCCCGUUUAGACGGGAGUAUUUUUUUAACGUCGAAAUGCCGAUUAUUGGAGCGCUGUGAAAUUGCAAAAUAUAAUAUCCAAUUCGAGUAUCAUUCGAACGUGUGUUAAUCUAAAUUUCGACGACGGUUAUCGAUUAUUACCCCCUACCUGCACGUAUAAACAUCACGGACUAUAUAGGUUAGUGACGUUAUUCGGCGGAGACAGGGCGACUAUUGGACAUUUGCCACGGCCUGAUAAUCUCGGCUUUAAGUCGGUAUUUCGGUUUCGCUUGCGGGUAUCGGAGGGGAAAAAACGCCUGAAUAUCGAAAAAUGUUUUUCACAACCUAUACAUAUGUGUUAUAAUAACUAUUUUCUUGUUUUACAUUUUUAUUUUUUUCAACGGACCGGACUAAUGAAAUCGAAUGUCUAUCGGUAAUUUUCAUUCUAAACAAUUUUCUUUUUUCUUUUACACCCCGAGGUCGCGUCCCGAAACGCAUUAUAAUCACAAUUUAAUAACAUGAUGAGUUUAUAGGCCCGCCAUUGUGGCAAAUGUGCGAAUUGAAAAGCCUCGGCGUUAUACAGGCGUGCUCGAUUGAAAUGAACAAACAAAAAAAAAAAAAAAAAAAAAUCGUAUUUGUUUAGGAAAAAAAUCCACACUGUUCGGCGCACGAACCAGUUCUACUAGCAUGGGCGUACUCACGGAGGGGAUCAUGGAGUUUAAACAACCCCCCCCCCCUUGGGAGGUUUUUUUGCAAUCAAUUCGUUUUAAAUUUGUAGGGGAUGUGAAAAUUCAUUGUCACAUCGUAAAAAUUAUUGAUAAAUCAUUAAAAAUAUUAAAUGUCAUAAUUAGAGGAAUGGGUGCACGCCGAUAGUCCCUUACAUAUUUUUCUAGAAACUAUCCGCAACUCCAUCCCCCUAUUGGAAAUUACUAAGAACGACACUGACGUUAAUUAAACGGUGAACACGAAAAAUAUACAAAUGUUUUAUGGGUUGCUUCAGAGGUUUGACAAUCGGUUAUUUGAACUACGCCUGUAUAGGGUGUUCCACGGCAAUCUGAAAAACCCAAUAACUAUUGUUCCGUUCGAUAUUUGUAUGUUUAUUUAUUUUUUUUUUAUAUUGUAAUAAUUACCAGAGUUUUGCGCUACGGUUCAUCUGUUUUAAAUAUUUUUUUUUUUAAAUUUAAAUUUAAAACCGUUUUUACGAAAUCUAAGAUAAUCGUUUAUAAAAAAAAAUAAUUUGAAACAAAAUGUACGUAUUUACGAGUGUUUACUAACGAUAUUAUUUUUCAUGGAAAAUUUGGUGAAGCGAUUGAAAUAUUAUAGUGUCGAUGAAAACAAUUUAAAUUAUCAAAAAUUUUUAGAAAAUAAACGACUCAUCAUUAGUAAACAUUUGUGGAACCAAAAUUUUGUUUCAAAAUAAAUUUUUAAAAUAGAUACCUUGGAUUUUGUAAAAAAACAUUUUGUUUUUUUAAUAUUUAAAUUAAAAAAAAAAAAAUAUAUGUAAAAUAUAAUAAUCGUAGCGCAAGGCUAUAGUAAUUAAUUACUAUAAAAAUUAUAAACUUAAAAACGAAUGUACACAAAAUAAAUUUAUUUCAUUUGUCAGAUCAGAUAUCCUUGGGACACCCUAUGUAUACAAUGUACAUGUUAUCGUGUUUUUUUUUUAUUCCGGAGAACGUAUUAUAUUCUAAUUAAACUAUAUAUGAUGAUAUUAUUGAUUCGACGUUUGCAGUAUCGUUGCAAAAAUUCUAAUUUACCGAAUAUUUUCUAAACAUUCAAAAAGUGUUGAGAACUGUUCGUAUACGCUCCUCUAGUCGCUCCUCUAGUACAUGUAAUUGCUAUCCGCGGUCAAACUUUUUAUAUCUUCCAAUUGAUUUUUAACUUUUACAAUAUAAUAUACAAUGUAAAUGCCACGAAAAUAUGCACCUAUCAAUUGCAUGAUUUUCGAUGUAUUCAGAUACCGAACGAAGGGGAUUGAUCGAUCGAGACGAGAAUAUUUUUGGUAAAUAAGUCAUAUCCCUUCACCGGUUGGUAAAUUCGUUAGGUUCGUCGCAGUUUAUCGAAUAUAAAUAAUAAAUAUGACGUCAUGGACUAAACAAAUGUAUUAAAAUGAUGUAUAAUAAAAAAUAUACUGUAAUUUAUUGUUUUAUUGUGUAAACGCGAGUGAUCGUCGUAAUAAUUUUUGUUUGCGAUACGUUAUAUCUGCGAUUUUUACCUUCAUUUUUUCGUCGUAAAAAUUCAUGCGUUAUCGCUCGUUUAGUGUUCAUUGAAUAUAAGCAGGGAAAAUAGCUAAUGGAAUAUUCAUUAUUUUUUUCAAGUAUACGUUUGUUUUUUCUGUUUUGUCGUUAACAAUAUCUACAGAAUUCAGACAUUUUUCUUUAUCUCAAAUUCAUAGCUAUAGGUACAAUAAACUCGAGUGUUUACCGCAACGUACGCGAAUUAUUUUAAUCGAUUCAUCAUAUUAUAAUAUUAUUAAUAAUAAUCAAGUGCCUAUAUAUUUUCACGUUUUUCUCAUGUUUUACACCGAUCUCAUUGUACCGAAUAUAUAAUAUCCCGGCAUACACGAUAACUAUCUACCUGUUCUGCUAUGUUUAACACAUUAAAUUAAGGAUGUUAUACAAAAAUUAUAUUAUGUUCCUUAAUUACGUUUUGCGCGCCUGCUUCCGAUAAGCCUUGGAUUUAUUUUGAAAAAUAUUAUGUCAGAGCUAUUUCUCUACCUAUUAUAUUACAUUAGGUAUAUUUUAGAAGAAACCAAAGAACGUUUUAAAAUGAGUUGACAUAAACGUAUCACGAUUAUUUAUUUAUACCACCGUCGUAAUAAUGUUAUUACGAACUAAUUAUUAAUUACACCUAAUGGAAUUAGGUUUUUGUUAAUAGUAUACAAAUACUUAUUGUAGUGGCAAUGAUGGGUCGUAAAAUAUUAUACAAACAAAUUUAAUGAUAUUGGUAUGUACCGACCUAUUGUACGAUGGCGUGUUUAAUGUUAAUGUAAUUUAAUAAUAAUUAAGAGCCACGUUCGCUUAUGGGUGCGAGGAACUAUGGACGACUAUGUCUGUACGUAACAAAACGUAUAACAGACUUAAAGCGUUUGUAAUUUGCCUAUAAUUUGGCGGGCGAUUUUGCGGUUGAGCUUUGAAACCGAGUUGUGUUCGCGGUUACCCCGAGAACGCAUAAUGUCCCGCGAAAUUAAAUAUUGAAAAUGUUAAUCUCGCAUGUCUUACUAUACCCAAUACUAUUGUUGUUUAUAAUAACUAUUAUUGUCUAACUAACGGUUUUGUUUUUCGUUUGUUUUUUAGACUGCGUUUUUCACCAUAGUCGUUCUACCCGUCAGAAUUGUGGCCAUUAUGACCUUGCUGUUUAUAGCUUGGCUGUUGGCGACCAUAGGUCUGAUCGGCGUCAACCAAAACGAUUUAUCGGAAAAACCUCUUUCCGGAUGGAGACGGUAAGUUCCACAUUGGAGACCCGAAUUUCUACGGUUUAUAUCUAUAUACUUUACUAUUAAUGACACAAAGUCAAAUGUGUUUUCUUAUUAACUUUAAUACUAUUAUAAACCAGAGUCGAACGUCAUUUUCAAAUUCAAGAAAUCCAUUUUCAAUAACUUGAGCUAUAUCGUGUAAAUGAGUGGACGAUUUUGAACGUUCGCCUGUAUUUCGAAUGUAUUAUUAAAUAAUAUAGCGUAUUGUGAAUCAUCAUUAAGAAAAAAAUUGUUAAUUACUUCAAAUUUGAUUAGUUAGGCUAAUAUUUUCUUAUUUUAAACGACAAGGUUAAUCGAUUUAUUAAUCAUGUACAUGUACGUUGUACCAACCAGUGCUAACAAUUAUAACUUAUAAGUAAUCAAUUACAGAUUACAACAACGAGUGUUUGCAGGAUAAAGUACAAUUUUAGGGGAUUGGAUAUAUUUGCUUCUUUGUCUAACACAACACUCAGCGUAGCAAUUUAGAUACAUUUUUCUUUAAUUAAUAUUAAAAAUAAACCACAAUUAAAUUGAAAAAAGUGGUCUGACUGACCUCGUGUUCAUUUCGGUAAGUUCUUCCAGACAUAUAAUAUUUGAAUAAGUAUAUUCUGAAUAUUGAAAAGCAUCUUUCUUGACGUGAAAAGUCCAUAUACUUUUUUUACCUUCGCUUUACCCCAUAUGCGCUGUUUGAUUUGUCGGAUGCUUUUAUCAUCAGAUGAAAUGUUAUUGCUCCCUAUAGCAUACCGUUUCGUCUUCUUGGUCAACAUUGAAUACCUGCAUAUUAUGUAUAAUAUGUAUUAGCUAAAUUAUUUACGAACACUAAUAAUCAAUAUCCCUGAGAAAUUCGCGUAUCAUCAGUAUUUCAAAAUAGAUUUUUUGAGUGUUAAAACGUUUUACUGCUGUGACUGUAUGACAUCUUUGUAAUACUGGGCGGGGCACUGAAACGGCCGAUUAUCAAAGAUAAAUUAUAAAAUAAAUAAACGAAUACAAAUUAAUUAUUAUUUAUUAUAUUGAAGUACAUAACUUGCCAUUUAUUUUUUAAAAAUGAUGUCCUUAAGAUGAUGGCCAUUUUUUCUCAAGCACUCUUCUAGCCUACUUCGUAUAUUUUCCACUACACGGUGUAUCACUUCCAAAGGUGUACUGGCGAUUUCUUCUUUAAUUUUGGUUUUAAAUUCAUCAAUAUUUCGAGGUUCCUGUGCAUAGACUUUACUUUUUAAAUACCCCCACAAAAAGAAGUCACAUACUGAUAAAUCAGGUGAUCGAAGUGGCCAAUGAAUAUCACCAUUUUUGGAAAUAAAACGAUUUCCAAAAAUUUGUUGAAUAGCAUUUAUUGAUACUCCGGUCGUGUGAGAUGUCACGCCAUCUUGUUGAAACCAAAAGUUAUCAUUUUGAGGAAACUUUGUUAGUUCACCGACCAAAAAAUUAUUGAUCAUAUUGACAUAACGAUUUGAAUUAACAGUUGUUGCCCGUCCUCAUAAAAAUACGGGCCAAUGAUGCCAUAAUGUAAAAUUGCACACGAUACAGUUACUCGAUUGCUGUGUAAAGGUCGUUGAUGAAGUUGGCGAGGAUUUUCUUCAGACCAAUAACGACAAUUUUGCUUAUUCACAAAACUAUCAAGAUGGAAAUGUGCUCAUCAGACAUCCAAACAUUUUUAAUAAAGUUUUCGUUUUUAUCCAUCCGGGUUAGCAUUUCUCGACAAAAAGUUGUGUAGCUAUAGAGAUCUGUGGGUUUUAAUUCUCGAACCACCUGCACCUUAUACGGGUGAAAGUUUAGGUCGCUGUGUAAAAUAUGACGUAGACUUCUACUAGACAAAUUUAACGAUAACGCACGUUUUGGACUCUUUAUGAGAGCGGCCCUAACAGCAGCGGCGUUUUCAAGUGUGCAAAUGGUUUUUUUUCCUACAGGCUUCUUUUUUAAUGCUGAACCCGUUUCUUCAAAGUUGGUUAACUAUAUUAUUUAUGAUCUUAGCCGAUGGUACCCAAUCAUGGCGUUUAAUAUUAAAAUGUAGUCGAAAUGAACGCUGUGCGGCUACGUAACAUAACAGUUAUUUUUGUAAAACGAUUUUAUCGCAUAAGCACGUUAUCUUUGAACUAAUAAUAUUUAGUGAGAAUUCUUAUCUUAAUUACUACUGAGAAAAUCUAUUUUUAAAAUCGGCCGUCCCAGUGCCUCACUCUGUAUUAUUAUGAUGACAUUCAUAGUAUUAGUUAUUACAAUUAUUAUUGUUUCUCCGUCCGAUUAUUUGGAAUUGAUUAUGAUUAAAUGUGUAAUAAGCAUUAUUAUUUUUGUUUUGUUUUCGAAAGGACCGCCGAUUUGCUCCAUAGAAAACUACGGAAACGUGGAAUAAUUGCAUGUUUUCAUGAACUACAUUUAAUGUUGCGCUUAACAGCUACCCACUGUUUUUCGUUUCGUUUUCAUUCGAAUAUUAUACAUUUAGUUCUAAAACGCGAUAAUAAUAAUAAUAAUAAUAAAAAUGAUAAUAGUAAUAUAACUUUUCGUAUCCAUCUCAUAAAUUAUAACAACUACAUUAAAUUUAAUAACAGAUAAUUAAAUUAUUUUAAUUACAGUUCUGAAGAAGUCGUUAAAUUAAAUUUAAAAACAAAAAUAGAACUGGGUAAUUAUUUUAAAUCUAUGUGGGCAAUAUUCGAAACAAUUCGAAUAUCAUAUGCACCCUUGCAAUUUUCCAUAGGCUUGUUCAAUUUUAAGUACAAUAAAACUCGAAUGGUAUAUAUUUUCUGAGUUCUACACGUGCAUACUGCAUAGUUUAUACAAUUUACGUCGUGUAAUUUAAAUGCAAUUUGUAUGUUUAUUUAUUUAUUUUGUAGAUUUGUAAACAGGGGUGGCCAACAAGUCGAUCGCGACUCCCAUUCGUCUUUUCUUGAAUUUUUUUCAAAAAACUAAUAAAAGAUUUUUUUGCAAAUUUGCUUAGUCAUGAAUAUAAAUAUUAGAUUGAGAACAAUUAAUAGAGGCAAUAAAUAACUAUGAAAAACGAAAUCAUACACCGAUUACGAUUGACUGAUAAGCAUUCUAAAGAUAGCUUGAGAUUUUCUUUGUUGUCAUACAUCCUAGAUUUUGUGAAAUUAUUAAAUCAAAUGCAAGCACAUCUCAUUGAAUAAUUAAAUAAACAUUUCCUAUCAAAUAAUAAGUUUAAAGCAAUAAUUCGUAAUAAAAUAUACCAAACUACGUGUGUUGUGUAAAACUGUGAAGUUAAACGAUAUUAUUGAAAAAUAAAUAAAAGAAGUGUUAUACGCACGCAUAUAGAAUAUGUUUUUGUUUAUUGACAACUUUUUUUUUUUGGGUCUAUAGUAAUAACCUAGAAAAACUCAGAGAUCGGUUACAAGUCUAUUUUAAGUUGGAUACUCCCGCUCUAAGAGAUGACUAACCAAUAGGUGUAUUACUGAUUACGUUUUCUAAUUUUUUAACUAAUAACAAUUUAAAUUAUAAUAUAUGUUACUCCCCCUCAUUUUUUGAAACAAAAUAAUUUUAAUAUUUAACUUAAAUACGUAGAAAAAUUGAUACAUUUUUCAGGUUUAAGCUAUUGAAGUUCUGCUGUAAUAAUUGUUUGUUUUAUUUAUUUUUAUUUUGAAUUUAGGAAGGCCUAACCAGUGAGAUUAUAAGAGUUUUAACGGCUUAAUUUUAAACUAUUUAUUUAAGACGGUUAUGAUUAUCAAACAUCCUUAACAUUUCGUACAAGUAUUUUAAUCGUUGCGGGACAAAAUGAAUAAAUACCUAUAAUUGUGUUUGGUUUCUUGCACUACACGGCACUUAAUAUGUUCAAUGGCAUUUAGUAACUCGCAGUAAACAACAGUUUUCCAAAUGCUCGUAGCGAGAUGUGUUCGAUUUAACAUUCACUGAAAAAGGUAUUACGUUCUUUAGGAAAUGUGUUGGUCUUAAAUGUUUGGUCCGCUGUUUAUCAAUAACAACUAAGUAUAGUAUAUAGAUAAAAAAAAAAAAAUACUCGUUUAGACAAACACUAAGUAUUAAUAUUGUGUGUCUUUUAACGUCCAACAAUUUUAGGGAAACACAGAAAUUAUGCUAAAUAUUUUACAUAACCGUUACAGUGUGGUGGUAACAACGACUCUAAUAAUAAUAUUACUUCGGGGCCGGGUUUUUAAUGGACAUGUGGUCGUUGUAUUUGUACGCAGCCAUGAUUGAAAUACUAAUAUUUUUUUUCGGAAAUUUCCCCGGAAAUUUUUCCUCGGACAUUUUAGUAGAACCCCUAUCACACACUGCGUUGACUGUGUGUUAUCACAAUAUCACAAUUAACACGAUACCGUGUAUACGGUACUAUAAUAAUAUUGUCGGUGAAUGGCACUUGUUCGAAAAUUGAUGAGAACCUUUUUUGGAAACCGGAUCCGGUCGCAUAUUAACAAACUACACACGGAACACACAAUAAAAUACUAGCCGACGUGAUUUAGCGUAACGAAUCGGGGUUUAUUUUCGAUUAAUUUUCCCAAUUCGCGUCGUCUGGGGCCAAAGACUGCAGACUAAGCAAUAUCACAAUUAAAUGUAGUAGCAUUUAAUAUUUGAAUUUUACAAAUUUAAAAUAUAUAGGCAUAGAGAUUACGCUUUCGGUCCGUUAUUAUUAAAUGUCUUUAUCGUUAUUUCGUCUUUAUCGUUUUCGAACAACUACCACCUACCCUAUUAUUGUGAUUACGGUGCCAUUGAUUUUCGUACUUACCGUCAUCGCGUCAAACGCAAUAACAUGUAUAGUGUAUUUUUAAUCAAGGGCGUGCAGCCCUCCCUUAAACCCGGUCCCGAUUGUAUUGCACAUACGUCUUGUUGUCGUGUACUCAAAUAGUAUGCUAUAAUAAUAAUAAUAUCGUUUCUGUCGUGUGACGAACGUACAUUUUUUUAUAAUAUAUAUUAUAAAUGCACGCUUCACAUAUACGUGGUGUCGGGCUUUUGAUUGCAUUUUUUUAGCUGCGUCAGGCGUGCGGUGUACGUGGUCGUCCGGCUCAUGUUCGGGGCGGUCGGCUUUCACCGGGUCAGGAUUGUCGGCGAACAGGCCACGCGGCAACAGGCGCCCGUGCUGGCCGUCGCGCCGCACUCGUCGUUUUACGACGGGCUGGCGGCCGUCGUCACGGGCGGUCCCACCAUCGUAGCUAAGGAAGAGAACUCGUUCAUACCGCUCGUAGGAAGUACGGAAGUUCUUCGUCCGCCCGACGUGAAAUGCACAUCACUUCAGCCCGCUACAAAUUUAUUGUUAUUUAAACACGCGCAUCGCCUGCUGCCAGUAUAGCUCGCAUGUGCACUUGCUAUUGCCAAUAGUCAAUAACGAAAUUGCGACGCGCGUUCGAAAUGUUCCGGGACCGUCGGAAUCGCGGAGCCACGAAAAGCGGGCCGGCGUAACCGGUUUCACGCGACCCCGAGCGAUCGUUUAUGCUUUCGGCCGAUCCUCUGUAGACUUCUUCGUUCCGGCGUAACGGGGACGUUUUCGCGUUUUAAAAAAAGUAAUCCGCAAAAAAUAGCGGCUCGACGAGCGCGUUGGCGGAUCGGAGAAGUUUUCGUCUCCCGUCCCGGCGACGUCACUGCAACCCCUGUCGGCAGACAUACGCGGCAUUUCGUUCGGUUCGUCAGAAGACGAUAUCCGCUCCGACCGCCCCGAAAAUCUCGCCGAAUCGUUCUUCUUUCGGAUUCGCCGGAUAAGAAGGUUUUGAUAAAAGCGAAUCCGCGUAAAAAAAAAGACGUGAUCAGUAAGAGUCGCGCUGCAGAAACCUGCGACGUACCGUACUCUUUCACGGCCCGCGAUUCGAACGGUCCCGCCUCGUUUUUCGAACCCGCCUCGUGAAUAAUAUGUAGCGUAGUUAGAAUAUUAUUGCUGCGAGAUUUCGUUAAGUACGAGUACACUUAACGGCUUCCAAAAAUAUACGGAAUUAUUUCGAAUCUGCUCGUUCAGUGCGGCACCUGCAGUACUGUGUUUUAUGUUGUUCCGAAAUUAAAAUAAAUUCCAAAAAAAAAAAAAAACGCUAUGACGUACACGUUGUUAUGCAUGUCCGUAAACGAACGGUGACUGCGAUAAUAGGUGUCUGUUAUAAUAUACGGUUGCAGACGGGGAGCAGCGAAUUUCGAAGCGUACUCAUGACGCGCAGAAGAAUCACAUAAUAAUAAUACGAGAGGGGGAGGGGCGUUCGACGUUACGUCAGACAUCCGUUAGUUAGCUCUCGAAAAGUAUCGACAUUUUUUUUCGGAAUUCGCUUUUCACAACGUCUAAGAAACUAAGUCGUAACUUUGAGACGGUAUGCGUUACCGGUUUUUAGAUUCGGAGCGUAUAACGAGAAAGCAUGCGUUUUAUUAUGAUGUUAAUUUUUUUUUCACCGAAAAAGUUUUUUACCAGAAAUCUUACUCGGACGUUUCAAGUGUAGCGCAUUUUCUGAAAGGACAUUUUAUAUAGUUGGUACUGAGUAGGUAAUUUUUCGAUUUUCCAAGCGGUGUUCAUAAUAAUUGGGAAAAAAACUUAGGAAAAACGGGAAAAUUUACGUGCAUGUAUAAAAGAAAUUUCGCUCCGAUUCAUUUUUCGAUAGUAAUAAUUUAUCGUUGCGUAUACAGUUAUAAAUUAGAUUCCCCUCUAUAUCCUGCCUUCUUAACUUCUCACAACAGUGGUCCAAUCGUGCGAAGUAUGUCCGUUUUUUUUUUCUGUCUACCUUAUUUUAGGAAGUUUAACCGUUAUCUAUAAGCACUUUUAUUUUCAAACGACAAUAGACGGGAUAUUAGUUUGAAUCAAUUUUGUCGUCGCCCGUUGUCGGAAACCAAGAAUUUCUAAUACUGAAAUCUAUUUCGAGGCUUUCGCGGUUACCGUGAGUUUGUUUUUCACGCGUUUCGCCGGUGCAGCGAUUCGGCGAGACUCCGUGCAAACUUUGACGUCCGUUGACAAGAACGAUGUAUACAUUCGUUUUUUUACUGCGACAACGGGUUCGCCACAGCGGAUUUCAAUCGCAAUGUCCAAAAUUGGUUUAAUUACACGCGUACGAGUGUCUUUUUUUUCUAUAUACCGACGAAAAGUGUUUUAAACCUAUAUAUUAAGUGUCGUUAUAGCCUCAAUAGUCGAUUCGUGUUUUACUGUAAUAAUAUAAAACAUUAAGUAUACAUGCCGGAGGUCGCGAAUCAGGCCAGUAGUAACGGUAAUAACGAAAACGAAAAACUGCUGAAAUGUUGAUCGUUUUUGAUAUUGGAAGACCAACGCCAAAUUUUUAUUUUAUACCGUUGAUUUUCGUUUAAUGUUAUUAUCACGUUAUAAUAUAAAAUUUCCCGAUUUUUUUUUCUAAUAUGUCGUGUGUAUAAAUUCGUUAUUGCUCGAGACAUUAGUUAUUCCUUUUGAUUUUGACCUAUAAACGUUAAUUAUAAUUUGAAUUUAUUUUUUUGGAAAUUACAACUUGAUGAUUUGUGUAACAAUUGUAAUGUUAUAAUGUCAAAUGUUUGGCAAAAUCCGUGUUUUUUUUUGUUUUUUUUUCACAAGAUAUUAUGCUAGGUAGGUUAUCGCGUUCGAUUGUUAUAUAGACCGUAUCUAACCUAUAGGUUGUUUAACUAUUAUUACUAACGAUUUACGUUUUGCAUGAAUGGGAGAUGCGAUUAUUUUUGUAUUGCUUUAAAGUAAAAAAUUAGGACAUGAUUUUUUAAGGCUUCGUAUAAAUAUAUAUAUAUGUAAGAGAUAACGAUUGAUCGCUAAUAAACUAUAUUAAACGUUAAUUCGAUAGUUUUAGACGUAGCAAAGCUAGGCCGCUACAUAGUUAAAUCAAUUAAUCAAUAUCCUGCAACGAAUGUAUAUAAAUAAAUAAAUAUUAGAGAUUUUUUUUCAUUAAAGGUAGCAAUGAUGUUAAUGUAUGAAAUUAUUACUAUAUUUUUAUAAAAAAAUAAAUUUUAGUAUACUUUGAUUAUUGGUAUAUAUACCUUUAAAACUAUAUUAUACAAGUAAUAUUAUAAACGUAUAUAGGUAUAUUAUAGUAAAUUAUUAUUGAUAUUAUUGAAUAUAUACUUAUCUAUUAUCUUGUGUAUUUUGUAGUAUUUGUGUUUUAACGUAUUUUUUUUUAUAGCUAUUUCCGUCGUUGGAUAUGUUUUGUGGGCCGUUCUGCGUACUUAGCCGGCGGCAUGAACAUCGUUAUCAAGGGGGUUAAAGCUUCCCGCCGGGAGGCUCCCUUACUGGUCAUAGCUCCCCAUUCCACGUUUCUCGACUCUUGUAUAAGUUACGUGACCGGGUUCCCUUCUAUCAUCGCGAGGAUCGAGGACAGACUAAACCCUUGGGUUGGAAGUACGUGAUCCAACACGAUUCAUAAUAAUAUUAGGCCUUACAAUUCGAAAAGAGUUCAUAUAAGAAAAAAAAAACACAUGCCCAUGGAAGAGACGCUAUUAUAUAGUAACAAUAAUAAUAUGUCCUCUUAUAAAACGAACACGGUACACAAAACGUAGACGUUGAAAUGACAGCGACAUAAUAGUAUGUGCAUGCUUGUUAUUUAGACUGUAGAACAGCGUUUCCCGAACUUCUAUGGAUUCUCGAGUACGAUCAACGUCCGCCAACCUGAACAAAUAAAAAUAAUUUACACUAGUCGAAAACUUAAGUUAUUUCAAUAAUACGAACUAUUUGUUAUUUUGAUUGAUUUUAUUUUCGAUUUAUAUCUAAUUUGAAACACAUAUAAAUGUAUUGGUUUUGUAUACAGAAUCGAUUAUCGAUUAUCGAAGCGAAUAUAUAGCGUACCGUUAAUUUUUGUUUUUUAUAUUUUCGCGCCCCUCUUCCCCGAGAGAUUUUCAAACUUUGAGGGUUAAACGUUUCGGAAACGCUGCUGUAGAAUAUUAUAAUAUUAUUUGCGUGUGUGUUUGUGUGUUUUUUUUUUUCUUAAAUUAAGUUUACUCACAAUACCUCUUAGUGAUUUUUUGUUUAAAUAUACAGAGCCUAUACCUAUAGUAAGAGAGACUAACAUCCGUCCAUUACUAUUGAAAUGGACCGCCACUUUGUUUAGGUGCCCACUCUAUAAUUGAGACAAAAUUAUAAUUAUCAAAAACCUUUGAUAUGUUAAGUAUAUAAUACAAAACGGCGGUCCGUGGAUGUAUACAAGAUAACAGGGCAACCAAUAAAUGCAUUAUGCUGUUGACCACUCGCUUACUAUAUUGUAUAGGCUCUCUAAUCCAGCUAGGGUGUUCCACGAAGAUUCGUACUUGUUGCGAUAAUUCGGAAAGAAUUAACUUUUAUUCGAUAUUAUUUUUUGUUGAAAAUUCAAGAAUCAAACCAUUAUUUUUUGUCAUUUUUAUUUUUCGGGGUAAGAUGACUACAUAGUUUUGAUUUUUUUUAUGACGGCCUAUAUUUGAAAUCCCGUAAAUAAAUGGAGCAUUAAUUACAUUUUCGAUUUCCGUCAACCCGUUGACGAGAUAUUCUGCUUUUGAAUUUGAGUUCUUUUGUGUGGCGUUUGAAUAGAACUACAUUGCAGUUAUUCACCUACCUAAACUCAAAAGCGGAAUAUCUCAUCGACGGGUUGACGAAAAACAAAAAACGUCAACACCAAAAUUAAUUCAAAUUAAUACUCCGCCUAUCGGUGGAAUUUUUAAUACAGAUUGCCAUUCGAAAAUCAAACGUAAGUAUUCGGUCCGCCCUCGGAAAUAAGGGUGAAAAAAAAUAAUAAUAGGCAAUGGAACGUUUCGGAGUUACUAAUCGUUGUUAUUUUUUUAAAAAAAAUCGCAAAAAAAGUCAAUGCCUUUCGAGAUACCGCAACGGGCGUAGCUUCGUGGGACAUCUUACGUGCAUAUUGUUUUUAAACGUUCCGAUGGAGCGUGUAUUAUUCUUGCACGCGUAAUGAUACACGACUCGGUGGAUGAAAAUAUAAUAUUAUUAUUAUCUCUAUGUAAAUAAUCGAUGACAGUAAUUAUUGUAUUUUCCGUGAUUGUGGUUCCACAGGAGUGAUAAACUUCACGCAGCCCGUGUACGUCCGAAGAGACGACCCGGAAUCCAGACACAACACAAUACAAGAGAUAAUUCGACGCGUAAAAUCCGACCAGGACUGGCCGCAGGUAAAAAAAAAAAAAAAAAAAUUGCGUUCGUCUUGAAACGCACACACUAUUAUUCGUCGACGGCGUUGACCCGAUUGACAAUCGUUUUAAUUUGUGUUAUUCUUAUUAUUUUUUAACAAUAUCAUUAUUACAUGUUAUUCCUAAAAAACGUAUUUUAUCCAAUUGUUGUUUGGUACUGUCACCGUUCCAUUGAACAAUUAUUUCGCACAGAAACCGAGCGAAAUGUCGAAAUGUAUAACAUUCUUCUUUUCUUCUGGUCUUCAAUCAUUCAAUUGGUUGGUUUCAUGGUUUUCUAUCAAAACUCAAAUCCUUCAAAUCGCGGUAACUUUUCAUUCCAAUGUUCUUAAAAAUUUGAUGCGAAUACAUUUCUAUCCUCUUUCAAUUUUAUCAUUUACGAAACCUUCAAUAAUCGACUUUGACAAAUUACAUGGCGUAGCAUGUGGUUCAUCAUAUUAUAAGAUCUACAAUUUUUAUAACUUCCUAGUAGUAUUUUUCCCUUAAGUCUUCUUAAAACAUCUUCAUUUGUUAAUCUGUCGUAUACCACGGGAUCUUUAUAAUUUUUUGGUAACACCAUAUUUUAAAUGUUUCAAACUUUCUUUUCUCAAUAUUGUGUUCAUUGUCCAGGUUUUACACCCGUUUAAUGUUACACUCGGUUUUCCUAGGGUUGAGUCCAAUGCAGUUCGUGGUUCAUAAGUGAUUUUAAUUAGUGAUGACACGAGGGUAGUUCUGUGAGUCUGAAGAUCUUUUAAAUGAACGGGUGGUUGGCUAGGGCAACUAGAUAGGCGUUAGAUAAAUAAACAGAAAAUAGAUACUUGAAGUACAAUCGGUUGGUUUAAGCCUGUUUUUCCAAAAGGUGAUUUAUAAUAACAAUAAUAUGUACUCGUGUUAUUGUUUAUAUAAAAUGGGGUGCGUGAGGUCUUUUAUCAAUAAAUUAGUGGAUAGUUGGGUUCAAUAAUUUCGUCAGACUCAUUUAUAUUGUAAGUUCACGCGGCCACUAUUUCUGUAGCAUUGUAUAUAAUGGUCAACUUAUAUAAAUGUAUAUAAAUCAGCAACUUUAGUUUUAUCUAAUAAAGUUUCAUAGAUUAUUUUUGAUACGUUAAACGAUCAAAAUGUUCAGUGGCUGCUAUCCUAUAGUGUAAAAAUUGAUACUCCUUUAAUGGUAGGUGAGGGGCUAUGCAAAUUUUUUUACGCGAUUAAUAUAGAACUUAUCGUACAACAAAGUAUUAUAUUCUUUAAUAUUUAACCGUUAUUGUGGAAUACGGUUUAUCUUAAAUCGUAUUUUCGAAGCACAGACAUCAUUGAUAUCUUAUUAUUAAUUUUUUUUUCUGAACGUUAAUUACACUGUUUUGGGUUUUCGGGUAGACCGGAUGUAACAUAUAAGAAUAUUGGUAAGGGUGGGUGGCAGAGGUAAAGGUGUAGAUUAUUUAUGGGGGUCCUGACUAUUAAUUAUUUAUAAUAGGACUGAAUUAGGAGUUGAGGAGAUUCGGUUCCCGUUCAUAAGACCAUCGUGGGAUCAUUUACCUGCAUUCUGCAGAUUAUUAAUGUUACUAUACACAAUAUAUUAUUAAUGUAUACCCAAAAUUUAUUCUUAGAUCUUAAUAUUUCCGGAAGGCACUUGUACGAAUCGCUCAUGCCUGAUCACGUUCAAGCCCGGCGCUUUUUACCCGGCAGUGCCCGUUCAACCGGUACUGUUACGGUACCCGAACAAACUGGACACGGUUACCUGGACUUGGGACGGUCCUGGAGCGUAAGCACCACUAAAUGUUGUCGAAUCUGUAAACAAAUAUAAAUAAACUAAUUGUAUGUGUGCAGGUUAAAACUCUUGUGGCUGACGAUGACGCAGGCGACCACCACGGUAGAAGUGGAAUUUCUACCAGUGUACGUGCCCAGUGAAUACGAAAAACAGAAUCCUAAAGCGUUUGCCGAGGGCGUCCGCAACGUUAUGGCCAAGUAAUAUAUCCACUGCGAAACUAUACUGUUCAUUUUCUUGUAUUAUUAUGUAUUGUAAACUUAACCCGAUUUUAAGACAAGCUAUAAAUAUGGCCCAGGCCAAACCGAUCUAUGAAUUAUGUUCAAAAUGACACCAAAGUACAUCUUACAUAGAAGUUACUAAUGAGUGACCAUUAUGGUAGUACAACAUCUUACAUAGAAUAAAUAAGUUAUCAUUUGGCCUAGACUAUUUUGUUGUAGUUUGUCCUAAAAUGUGAGAUUUCAUACCAGACUAGAUUUACCUUUCCUAAUAGUCUAUACUGGAUGAUCCUAACCGGGUACCCAAGCAAAAUUAGUUUGUAUAAUUAUAUCGACUUUUUACGUUUUAUUCGACUAGUAACAGCAUUUCUAUUAGUUUUGAUAGAUUUUGAUUUAAAAAUAAAAAAAAUAUGUAAUAAUUAUUCUAGGGCAUUGGCUGUACCGACAGCGGACUACACGUACGACGAUUGCAGAGUAGCCGUGAAAGCCGGUCAGCUGGGUUUGCCGAUGACCUCGAAUUUGAUCACCGUCGAACGGUUGAGAAGUCGCCUAGGGUGAGUAAUACGAAUGAUAUUAUAAGAUACAUCGAUAUGGACGAGAGAAUACGUCUGUCUAUCAUUGAUGGAUUACGAUUUUGUCGAGGACACGCGGAUACGACGUGUUUGUUUCCGUGAAACUAUUAUUGUGUCGGCUGUUUAUCCGCACGUAUAUCCCGCGCACCAAGUUUUAUCCAUAUCACGCGAACCAAUACACUUUGCGCCGUCAUCGCGAUCCUCAUAAUAAUCACAAUGAAUAUUAUACGUUUGUGAACGUCAAAGAAAUAAUAAUAUCGUCUGUCUUGUCCGUUGUAUACAGAUUGACGCGCAUUAAAAUCGAGGACUCGGCUCUGGUCAAGAACAUGCUGUCGUUUCAGAACCGAGCAUCCCAGCCGGUAGACCUGGCGGAGUUUGCGAGCAAUUUGAACGUCACCGUCGAGGACGGUUCAUUAGUUAGCUUGUUCAAAAUGCAUUUGGAAGUAAAUAAUGUUUAAUAAUAUCAUAAUAUAUAUUUGUGUCAUUUUUUGCUGUUCGACUUUGUUCAUGGGAACAUCGUCGUCGCCAUAAAUAAUAGUGUCGUGUCCCGCCGUUAACAGCGAAUUAUUAUACUUGUUUCAGGACGAAAAUUUAUCGACCAUCGAUUUCAAAAAAUACCUGUUGGCCGAAUAUCUCUUGCAGAAAGCCACUCCUAAAGACGACCUGAUCGUAAUGGCAUUCAAGGUAGCGUAUUAAAAAUCGUUAUUAAUAUUUUUUUAAUUAUUCUAUAUACGUUACGAAAAUGUAAUUUAAAAAGUAAGUUAUCUGUAUUCAACGGCGUAGCUAAGUUUUAUGAAUAGGAAGUUUAGGAUGGUCUAUGGGUGGGUUUAGGAAUCUGCAACCUUCUUAACCUUACCUAUAGCUAAAAAACAACACCCAACCCCUCCCCCCGGCUACACCAGUAUUUGCGUUAGUGUUGUGUAGAUACGGCCUAAACGUUCUAUAGAAUUUUUCACGCGUAAAAUAUAAUAAUAUUAUGAUCCACCGAAUAGUGUUGUUAUUAUAGGUACAUACGUAAUAUUGUUAUGAACUAACGAUAAUGAUAGAGAAUUAUGUUCAAUUUACGAUUCGUUAAUAAUAAUUCGAUUUGUUUCAGUUGUACGGUGAAUAUUUCGAUAGAGAAAUGUUCGAGUACGUUCUGAACCUGGUAUACAAUCUUCCGAAAUCUGAAGCGUUUGUCAUUUAUAGUGAGGCCACUGGAAACCCGAACGAAAUAAAAUUGGGUAACAUUGUUAUAAUAUCAUAUAAUAUAUAUAUAUGACAUACAUUUUUUUUUAAAUGUAUAAUACUAUUGUAUACCUAUGCUUACGAUUGUAUAUAUAUUUUUUAGUGGACUAUUUACAAUACGGCAAGAAGUAUCCGGAAAAAUUGGAGUUGUUGCAAAACCACAGUAAAAGUACGGCCCCUAGAACCGUCACGGACUUUUCGAGUUGCGGACAAUCGAUGUCGGCAGCCGCCGUUGUGGACGACAACAAAAAGUGUCAAUGACAUACGGAAUAUCCUACAAGUACGAUCGUACCUGUUGCAGACUGAUAUUAAAACAAUUAAUAUAUUUUUAAGAUUAUCGAAGCGUGAUAUUAUACUAUUUUGUUAUUCAUAUAAAUAUAUAUUAUAUAUAAUAAUAUAUAUGUAUUUACUAUUACACAAUAAUAUGUUUAUAUACAAUAUACAAUAUACUUAAGGAAUUCAAUAUUGUUUUCAAUCAAACCUGAAGAAGUUUGAUAAACUAUAUACGCGUACUUAUACUUACCUGAGGCCGGAUUAAGGGUCUAGUGGAAAUUAGAAUUUUCUUCGCGCUUUCCACAUUAUAUAAUAAUAUUAAAUAAUAUCGUGUGUUAAAUAACUAUACUGACAUAUUCAUGUAAAAAUAAUAUAUGUACCUACUUAAAAAUGAAAUUAUAAAUAUUAUUAAGUACGUUUUUCUCUGUUACCAAUUGUUAUUAUUAUUACCUAUUAUUAAAAAUGGUUUUCUUCUGUGUAUAAUUGAUACGUAUUAUUGUGUGCUUACCCAACAAAUAUAUAUCUAAAUACAAUGUUAUAUUUAUUAAAUUUACUUAUCACUUUUGCGGAAACCAAAAUUUUAUUUUUUGUACGAUAGCUAAUAACAUGAUAGCAUAACAUUAAAAGAGCGAAAACAAAAAGAGUAAAACAAAUAUCAAUAAAUACAAUAAGGUUUAAUCUAUGUUUCAUAAAAUAUUAUAUUAUUUGACCUACAAACACGGAAUAUUAAAAAAAGAAUAUAAUAUAAUAUAAUAUACUAUAUAAAAAGAUAAAACAUUGAAAUUAUUUUUGCCAUACAUUUUUUUAAAUAAAUGAAAAUUCAAACAUAUCUGAAUUAUAAUAUAUACUAAAUAGUUAUUUUUAACAAUUGAAAUUAUUUAAUUUUACUUGUUUUGACUAAUUAUAGGCGAUUCUCUAUAAAUAUUGUAAUAUUGUAGUUGUUUUACAUUUGUCUACAAUGGUUUUUAAUUUUGCAGUCGAAUCCAACCUAAUAGUUCAAAAAUUGUUGAAAUGAUUAUAUUGUAUUUUUUAGAAAUUACCUUCAAUAGAGUUACUUGUGAUUGUCUACAAUCAAGUGCACAAAGUCAUGAUACAAUGUUGUUGUUUCUUAAUACUCAUUCGUUUUGCUUUCGCUCAUACUACCGUUAUCUCUUUUUGUUUCAUAUUUGUGCUCUUUUGACACAUAACUUAAUAUAAUGAGUAUACUUAUAUUAUGUUUGUUCUGAUGCAACACUUUUUUUUUAUUAUCUAAAUCUCCCAAUAGCCUUUUCCAAUUUAAAUUAAAAACUAAUGCUAUUGUUAUCAAUAAUAUACAAAUUAUAAUAUUUAUAAUAUUAUCAUAAUGUGUGCAUUUUGCCGACUUCACACAAUGUUUCAAAAAAUAUUAUUAUUUUAUGGGAACUCUACCAAGUUUUUGAUUCAGUGGCGGAUCCAGGUCUUAAUUUUUUUUUCCUUAAGAGGUGAGUUGCAAAACCAUUUACUACAAUUAAACUUUGUAUAUAUAUAUUUUACUACAAUUCAAAAAAAAAGCAUACUAUAGUAUUGGUGGUGUUUGGAGGGGAAAAUGCCCCUAUUGUCUUUCCCUGUAUCCGCCACUGGUUUGAUUUUUGUUAAUUUGUUUUUUUUUUUAAAUAUAAUUUAAGUUUAUUAUUAAAUUGUAUAAUAUUAUAAUAUUAUUAAUCUUUUAUUAUUGAUACUUACUGUGGAUUUUGUUGUGUCCGGUGUGACUUAGCAUUACACUAUUAUGAAGUACAUGUACCUACCUAAACUAAUAUAAUUAUUUGUAUAAUUAUGGUGAUAUUAGUAUUAUUAUAAUAAUAUUUAUCAUACUGGCACCAUUGUAUAAAUAUAAAUAGUAACAUAAUAAUAUUAUACAUCUCGUGUUCCUUGAUCGAGAUUCCGAGAGCAAUUUGCGUAGACAUUAUGGUAAACAGUGUUUAUUUUUAUGUUUGAAUAAGUUUUACUAUAUAUAACUAUAUACUUAUAUAUUUAAUGGAUUACUAUAUUUUUAAUAAAAUAUAUUACAUUAAAGUAUUAUUUUUAGUACAUCUAUUAUAUUAUAUUAAAUAAUUAAAUAUUAUGUUAAUUAUAUUGUAUAUUCAAUUUUAUUUCAACUUUAUUGUAAAAUGUGGGAAUCAGUUUAGUUAAAUAUUUUAUGUCAUAAUAUGCAAUUCAUUAAUAAAAUGGAAC